AUGCUGUCGUAUAUGGUGCCCGUUGAAGACAAGCCGCCGCCGGCGCCAGGUAAGGCGCGCCUUGCUCUCGAGCUGGCUGGCAGCCCGGGCAGCCCUGAGACCGCAGCACGAAAGACAAAGAGUAACAUCUCCAAAGAUUCCUCGACCAGCUCGUUCGCGAGCGAUCUUACUAUAUCGUCGUCUACUCCAACUGGAGCUCAUGACAAGCCCAAACAUAAACUACUCAGCAAUGGUAGUAAACACACCUCACUUAAAAGGGUCUCCUUUGGCAGCUCGAAGGGGUCGAUGGUUGAGACCCUGAUUUACGAGAGCCCCCUGCAAGAGGAGCCGGAAAGCAGUCCGCCACCUAAUGUGCAAGAGACAUCAUUUCCUUACACACCCGUUGAAGACGAGUCUGAACGUUCGAAAGUACGUGUGUCAUUUUAUCAAGGGGCUAGACCACAGUGUCUUUCACCACCACCUUCUGUGCCAGAUCCAGAUUCACAUAUAUUGUACACACCUCUACUCCCAGCUAACUCUGAUAUGGCCGAGCAUACAAUGUACAAUAGGCAGAUUAGCACGGAGAGUGGUUGGGACAAUCCUUUCCGCCCUGAUGGCGAUCUUAGCCGUGAAGCAGAUGAGAUUGUAUCUCUCAUAAAAGGAGGCAAGCCUAUAACUCCUACGCCAACUGCUGCACCCCAGCUGCCCAUUUGUGAUGAGGAGGAAAAGGUGCAUGCAAAUAAUGUCACUGCUAGUCUGUCAUCCCCUCAAACGAAAACUGCCAGCCCAGUGCAGCAGCAGAGUCCGCCAAAAACUAUGAAUGGCACCAAGAAUGGGGCUGCAGUGCCUGAGCUUCGUCCUGGACAAGUGGAAGUUCAACGCUCACCCCCACAAGAGCCUCUUCAGCCCGAACACGUAACCAUCAAAAAGAAACCUAAGUGUAAAUGCUGCGUUGUUCAG